CAAAGAUGAGAAAUCGAAGACAGCAAACCCUAGGUUCUUGCCCUUCAGUCACUAACUCCUUGCCAUUGGUAAAACGCGGCCGAUGAAUGUACUCACUUCUGUCCAUCUGGGCAGGAGGUGGUAACGGUGAUGUGCAAAGGGAUGGGAGGGACGUUUCUCUUCGCAGCGCCCACUACACCCAGCCCAGUGCCACACACAGCAAGCGCUCCAUAAAGGCACACAGCGCCGCCUCUACCAGGAUCCCGGGCGGCCUUCACGGGAUUUCUCCUGGCGUCGGCUUUCAGACCCGGCCUCCAGGGAGGGUGGAGCAGGUCGAGAGGGCGGCAUCCUUUGGCUUUUCUCCUCCCACGCAGCUCUGAACCAUGUUUACGCAACGUUUAAUGGGCUCUAAUAAAACGACUAAUAAUUUUGCCCAGCGGAAGCACCAACUACCUUGCUAAGCCGACUCUGCGUGGGUGAAGCUCUAACCCUGAGGCGGGAAAGUGCGGCUACCGAAAAGCGCAUGCGCCACGGGGAGACGCCUGAGCAAGCCGCGGAGGUGGGUGGAAACCAUGGCAACCCUGCGUGCUGACGACAUGGUGAGCGUUCCUAGGGCUGGAUUAUGACGCAGGCAGCGGGCGUGGACUCUGCGGUUCGCGUGACCGCGGGCGCAGCCGACGGGCCUCGUCACAGCAGCAACGGCAGAGGCCGGCGGGCGAGGUCAAGAUGGUGGCUCCGCGGGCGGGGGAGGUGGUGGAGGGAGGAGUCAGACCUUAGCCAGCCGGAAACACCGACACCCAGAGACCUGCUGGGGAGCCGCCGUCGCCUUCUCAGCCACGCCGCCUCCGCCGCCUGCUCCAGCUCGAGGGACGCGAGCGGGCGGCGGGGCGGGCCGUGAGAGAGACACUAGAGGAAGGAGAGCGGGGGCGGAGUUGCCCGCCUUAGCUCCCGCCCCCGGCCGCGGCCCGCGGCUCUACCCGGCCCGCCCAGCCCCGGUGUGGCAGCGGCUCAUGGCGGCGGUGGGGCCCCCGCAGCAGCAGGUGCGGAUGGCCCAUCAGCAGGUCUGGGCGGCGCUCGAAGUGGCGCUCCGGGUGCCCUGCCUUUACAUCAUCGACGCCAUCUUCAACUCCUACCCCGAUUCCAGCCAAAGCCGGUUCUGCAUCGUGCUCCAGAUCUUUCUCCGGCUCCUUGAGAUGAAGUUUCUCCUUGUUGGUCCGGCUGGUCUUGAACUCCCCCUCUCAGGUGAUCCACCUGCCUUGGCCUUCCAAAGUGCUGAGAUUACAGGUAUAUUUGUAUCCAGUAUUGUUCUGAUCUUGUCCCAGCGAUCACUUUUCAAGUUUUACAUGUACAGCUCAGCCUUUCUGUUAGCUGCAACUUCAGUGUUGGUGAAUUACUAUGCUGCUUUGCACAUUGACUUCUAUGGUGGCUACAACACAUCAGCUUUUGGAAUUGAGCUGCUUCCUCGAAAAGGUCCCUCGCUAUGGAUGGCAGUUAUCGUUCUACAGCUAACAUUUGGAAUUGGAUACAUUACACUACUCCAGAUUCAUUCCAUCUAUUCACAAUUAAUCAUUUUGGAUCUCUUGGUUCCUGUAAUAGGCUUAAUCACAGAGCUACCAUUACACAUCAGAGAGACUUUAGUGUUUACCUCUUCCUUGAUUCUCACAUUAAAUACAGUGCUUGUCCUGGCAGUGAAACUGAAGUGGUUUUAUUAUUCCACACGAUAUGUUUAUCUUUUAGUGAGGCACAUGUAUCGAAUUUAUGGAUUACAGUUAUUGAUGGAGGACACAUGGAAGAGGAUUCGUUUCCCAGACAUACUGCGAGUGUUUUGGCUAACAAGAGUUACAGCUCAGGCUACAGUGUUAAUGUACAUCUUAAGGAUGGCAAAUGAAACUGAUACCUUCUUUAUUUCUUGGGAUGAUUUUUGGGACCUCAUUUGCAAUCUUAUAAUUAGUGGAUGUGAUUCUACACUAACUGUGCUGGGCAUGAGUGCUGUAAUUUCCUCAGUAGCCCAUUAUUUGGGGCUUGGAAUAUUGGCCUUUAUUGGAUCAACUGAGGAAGAUGACAGGCGGCUUGGCUUUGUUGCACCAGUUUUAUUUUUUAUUUUGGCUCUUCAGACUGGGUUAAGUGGGCUAAGACCAGAAGAGAGACUUAUUCGCUUAAGUAGAAACAUGUGCCUUCUAUUAACUGCAGUCCUGCAUUUCAUACAUGGAAUGACAGACCCUGUAUUAAUGUCUCUCAGUGCCUCUCAUGUGUCAUCUUUUCGUAGACAUUUUCCUGUGCUGUUUGUCUCUGCUUGCCUGUUUAUUCUUCCUGUCAUACUCAGUUAUGUUCUUUGGCAUCACUAUGCACUAAAUACAUGGUUGUUUGCAGUUACAGCAUUUUGUGUGGAACUGUGCUUAAAAGUAAUCGUUUCUCUCACUGUUUAUACAUUAUUCAUGAUUGACGGCUACUAUAAUGUCCUCUGGGAAAAGCUUGACGAUUAUGUCUACUACGUUCGUUCAACAGGAAGUAUUAUUGAAUUUAUAUUUGGAGUUGUAAUGUUUGGAAAUGGGGCUUACACCAUGAUGUUUGAGUCAGGAAGUAAAAUUCGGGCUUUUAUGAUGUGCCUACAUGCAUAUUUUAACAUCUACUUACAAGCCAAAAAUGGCUGGAAGACAUUCAUGAAUCGUAGGACUGCUGUGAAGAAAAUUAAUUCACUUCCUGAAAUAAAAGGGAGGCGCUUACAAGAAAUAGAUGAUGUAUGUGCAAUCUGCUAUCAUGAGUUUACAACAUCUGCUCGUAUUACACCAUGUAAUCACUAUUUCCAUGCACUUUGCCUUCGGAAAUGGCUGUACAUUCAAGAUACUUGUCCAAUGUGCCAUCAAAAAGUAUACAACGAAGAUGAUAUCAAAGAUAACUCAAAUGUAUCUAACAACAAUGGAUUUAUUGCACCCGAUGAAAAUCCAGAGGAACCUGUAAGAGAAGCUGCUGCUGAAUCUGACAGGGAAUUGAAUGAAGAUGACAGUACAGAUUGUGAUGAUGAUGCUCAAAGAGAAAGAAAUGGAGUGAUUCAGCACACAGGCACAGCAGCUGAAGAACUUAAUGAUGAUACUGACUGAUUAAAAUAGCAUUUAUUAAUCAUUGAGGUAUUUGUUUAAAAUUCAGUUCAUCCAAAAUGGAGUAAUAUCCUUCACCUUCAGUGUGUAACCAAGCACAAAAACAGUAUCAAUGUUGAAUCUGUGAAUGGUUUUCCGUUUACUGUGAUGUGCUACUGUAAAUAUACCUCUUGAAUUACUUCUGGUCUCUUUGGUGACCUGUUUAAAUUUGUGUACAUUAUUGUACAUAGAAUAAAAUGUUUUCACAUUUUUAUGACAAAA